GGUUCUUUAAGAGAGGGGUGCGGGCGCAAUGCAUUGUCUCUCCAGAAGUAAGCGCGAGCCAAUGAAGAGACGCGUGACAGAGUUCGGACAGAAGGGGUUUGUCUCACCUGCUCCAAAUCACUUCAAGAGGCGCGUGAACAGGACAUUUUCAGAUCGCUACAAUUAAUAUGCACGUAUCGGACAGUUAACACUUCACUUUAGAUAACAGUGAUGAGCGCAAGUCUGGCCCGUGUGUCUUUCGAUAGUACAACUCCAGAAGCGCGUCAUUUUCCUGCAUGACAACUUGGCAACUCGUCACUCCGUGGAUUUAACACUAAGCGCCAAGCAUUUUCCACGGUCGAGUCGAUUUUUAGGUAUCGACAUGGAACUGAAAACAGGGCAAACGCAAUGUAAGGAAGUGUUGGAUAAUGAUGACUGAAUUGCUCUAAUCGUGAUGGAGUCACUGUGAUUUCUGUUGCACUAUUCUUUGGACAUCCGAUGGCAGCGAAAUAAUCUGCAUGGCUCUGAGCACAUCAAUGAAGAAUAUUUGUUAGAAAAGAAAAUUGGGGAAUAAACGGUGUUGAAGUGUUAGGAAUAAAACAUUGGUGAGGUUGUGCGUAACGAACAGAGCCGCGACAAUGGAGCACACGGGAAUCGAAGAGGUGAACCAGACCCACCAGCAGCACGAACCCAUCAGCUUUGGAAUAGAUCAGAUUCUCAAUGGCUCGGACCAGCCGAGCAGCUGCAUGCUCCCGAGCCGAACCACCGACCAGGACUACCCGCUCGCGCCUAACGUCUAUGCCAACGGCUACAACAGCGUGUACAAUCCGGCCUGCUCGAUGGCGGCGAGUCUGGCAGGUUCCUACAACGUCAACAUGAACAUGAACGUCAGCAUGAAUAUGAACGUUAACGUGAACUCGGGGAACGCAGGCGGUGUCAUCCGCGUCCCCGCACAUAGACCCAUGCCACCUGCGCCUCACCCGUCGAACCCUGGGCAUCCACCUGGCAUCGGGGCGGGAAUACCCACCGUACCCACAGUGCCCAGCAUGGGCAGCCCCCACAGCUUUACGUUCCCCUGGAUGGAAAGCAGUAGAAGAUUUGCGAAGGAUCGGUUGACUGCUGCUCUUUCGCCGUUUUCCGUGACACGAAGGAUCGGCCAUCCGUACCAGAACCGAACUCCACCGAAACGGAAAAAGCCGCGUACGUCGUUCAGCCGCGUGCAGAUCUGCGAGCUGGAGAAGCGCUUUCACCGGCAGAAAUAUCUCGCGUCUGCAGAGCGCGCAACGCUCGCCAAAGCACUCAAAAUGACAGAUGCUCAGGUCAAAACCUGGUUCCAGAACAGAAGAACAAAAUGGAGGAGGCAGACUGCGGAGGAGAGGGAGGCCGAGAGGCAGCAGGCCAAUCGUCUGAUGCUGCAGCUACAACAGGAAGCCUUUCAGAAGACCCUGAGUCAACCUCUUCAACAAGACCCUCUCUGCCUACACAACUCCUCACUUUACGCCCUGCAGAACUUACAGCCAUGGGCAGAAGAGAACAAGGUGACCUCCGUCACCUCAGUCGCAUCUGUGGUGUGACCCACACUUCUCAUGUGUGCUAGUUGCGGGUGUAUUAUACGAUCCCGAAUAGAAUUUAAGUGACUUGGACUCAUUUUACGAGCCACCCAUCUGUACGAAACCACGAAUUCUUUUUGUUUUUUGGUGGGACGUUAUAAAAUGUAUUCGAUUUCAGUGGUUUUUGAUUGGCCUGACCCUGACAUACAAUGGUUUGAGCAAAACCCAAUAUUCAGAGAUUUAACGCAACUGUUUUUUUGUGUAUUAGUUUAUUGCUUAUUUUCAUUAGCAUUGUUAUUUGGCAUGGAACAGAAAAGGCUAAUAUAUUCCCAAUUAAAAUGCACUUUU